GCGCGUUCUGUUGAAGCGUUCUGUGCACCGCUCGCUUAUCAACGCAUUCACUGUCUAUGCUCUGAACCUUGAAAGAUGGUGCGACCAAAGGCUCUCCAGGCGCGGCUAAAUGUGUAAUAUUAUUUGCAUAAUGUCUGACUUUAUAAAAGUAGUGUUUUUUUUUUUGUGCGUGAGUAUGUGCGGUCAGUGCAGAAAGAUAAAACACAGGAUCAGGAGAACAUCAAUACAUCACAAACACGGAACUCCACUUUUCAAGAAGAUGUUGGAUGAAACCAAGACAAAUCAGGUGAAAUCUGACCAUCUACUGCGUGUUGACGAUCAUGAUUUCACUAUGAGACCAGCAUUUGCAGGUCCAGCUGUACCCGUGGGUGUAGAUGUUCAGGUGGAGAGUUUAGACAGUAUAUCAGAAGUAGAUAUGGACUUCACAAUGACCCUCUACCUGAGGCACUACUGGAAGGACGAUCGAUUGUCUUUUCCUAGUAAAACCAAUAAAAGCAUGACAUUUGAUGGCCGAUUGGUGAAGAAGAUCUGGGUUCCUGAUGUGUUUUUUGUCCACUCCAAACGAUCCUUCAUCCAUGACACCACCACAGAGAACAUCAUGAUCAGGGUCUACCCCGAUGGACAUGUCCUCUACAGCCUCAGGGUGACAGUAACUUCGGCAUGUAAUAUGGACUUCAGCCGCUUUCCACUGGACACACAGACCUGCACAUUAGAGCUUGAAAGCUAUGCGUACACUGAUGAAGACCUGAUGCUCUACUGGAAGAGUGGAGAUGAAUCUCUGAGCACAGAUGAGAAAAUCUCGCUCUCUCAGUUCCUCAUACAGAAAUUCCACACUACCUCCAGACUGGCCUUCUACAGCAGCACAGGUUGGUACAAUCGUCUAUACAUCAACUUCACUCUGAGGCGUCACAUCUUCUUCUUCCUGCUUCAGACUUAUUUUCCCGCCACUCUAAUGGUCAUGCUGUCAUGGGUCUCCUUCUGGAUUGACCGCAGAGCUGUUCCUGCCAGAGUCUCUUUAGGCAUCACAACUGUGCUCACUAUGUCCACUAUCAUCACUGGAGUCAAUGCCUCCAUGCCCAGAGUCUCCUACAUAAAAGCUGUGGACAUCUACCUGUGGGUCAGCUUCGUCUUUGUAUUUUUAUCUGUUCUUGAGUAUGCAGCUGUAAACUACUUGACCACAGUGAAUGAUGGUGCCAAUCGUAAGUUAAGGGAGAAGUCUGUACCCUGCACAUGUGACAUGUCCCACACAAGGACAAUGAUGGUCGAUGGGACGUACAGUAAACCUGAGAGCAAUGGUGUGGCAGCAUUUACCCAGACUCUUGUAUCAACGGCGGAGGCCACAGAUAAACAGGACCGCAUGGUAGUGCACUUGUCUUUGGAAAGUGAGGCUCCAGGAUACAAGAAAAAGACUCUCAGAGGCUUCCGUAUUAUACAAAACACUCACAUCAUCGAUGCCUACUCGCGCAUGAUCUUCCCAGGGGCCUUUAUAUUUUUCAAUGUAAUCUAUUGGUCAGUGUACUGCUGAGCUGCCUUGUGAGAGGUCUGUGGUUGUAAAGUAUUAUUACAAUUAUUCUUAGGCUGUUUUCACAUUAGAGCUUUUGAUGUGGACCAGAGACCAUUUGACAUCAGUGUUCAGGUUGUUUUGUUGGUGGGAACAAGUGUUAAUCUCGACAAUGAUAUUACUGACAAUAAUGUUUGUUGAUGUUUUGGGGUUUUUUUUGUGAACGAUUUUGGCAUUAUGACAAUAAUCAAGUGGUUUUAAUUACAACACUGUUGAUGAAAAUAUGAUGAGAAAAGAUAAUACUGCAACAUAUUAACACUGUUUAUUUAUUUUUAAAGAAAGAUAAAUCUAGAAAGAAUUGUUUGAAAAAAUCCAGUCAUACUGUAUGUUGGGGAAGUACAGUGAAGUUAACUACUGGAUAAAUUACCCCCUUUGAAAUGCAUCCUAUUUAUGUGACAUUAAUCAGCUAUAUCCACAAAAUACAUUUACAUCUACACCGACAAUGAAGCGACAGGACAACUGAUGAAUGAGAUCGACAUUUAUCUUGAAAAUAUUUAACCAAAAAUCGCAAGUUCUGUCAACAUUCACCAUCACUCAAAUCAUUCGAAACCCAUAUGACUUUCUUACACAAAAAAACUUUUAUUACGUUGAACAUUAAUGUAAUAUCAGAUAUGGCAAUUAUUGCAAAUAAUGAUAAAUAUGAAAAAGAAGUGUUACCAUUGGGAUAUAAGGAGAUGUUCUGGAGUGUGUACGUUCUCCUCUAAAUUAUCAAAAAGCCAAAAAAUUUGUGCCGGUGGUAAUUCAGAAGAGGAGUCUUCAGUCCACUGCACACUCACAUUCUGCUCUGACUCAAUCUAGUAUGAAAUGUCUACAUACCAGCAUCCAAUAAAUUUCUUACUAAUUAAAUCCCAUCUCAUCCUACAUUGUUUCUCCUGUUUCACUUAGUCAUAUGUUAUUUUACAGAAGUAAUAUGGGGUGCAAUGCUGUUUCAUGAUGAUUGUAAAGCAGGGGUCUCAAACUGAAAU